GGUUGUUCGAGAAGUUGAAAUUCUUGAGAGCGUUGUUUGGGUUGGCCAACGUAAAUUUACAGACAAAGUGAAAAGGCUGCUUGUUAGUAGGUUUUACCAGGUUUAUCAUCUGUUAAAAAUUGUGGGUGCAGCUAUGUUAGGAACCGAUAGAAGUCUGGCAUUUGCAAGAAGGAACAGACCAGGUGCCAAGGCAGAGAAAAUUUCUUCAUGGCCUGACCAACCUUUCGAUGAAAUGGACAGCACAUUGGCAGUUCAACAGUACAUUCAACAAAUAAUUCGUGUGGAUAAUAGCAAAAUUGAAGCGAUUUUGGAGCCCCCAGACGGACAAGAUGAAGGGGUUUGGAAAUACGAGCAUAUGAGGCAGUUUUGCAUGGAAUUCAAUGGCCUUGCUGUCAAGCUACAGGAGGAAUGCAAGCCAGAUACUUGCACCCAAAUGACUGCUACAGAACAGUGGAUCUUUUUGUGUGCUGCUCACAAAAAUCCUAAAGAAUGUCCUGCGGUUGAUUAUACGCGCCAUACUUUGGACGGUGCAGCUUCCUUGUUGAAUAGCAGUAAAUAUUUUCCAAGCAGAGUGAGCAUCAAGGAUUCUUCUGUCAAUAAACUUGGCUCAGUAUGUCGUCGCGUCUACAGGAUAUUCUCUCAUGCAUUUUUUCAUCAUAGAAGAUUAUUUGAUGAAUUCGAGAAUGAGACCCAUCUAUGCCGUCGUUUCACGAGGUUCGUCACCAAGUAUGAUUUGAUGUCAAAAGACAACCUAAUAGUUCCUAUUCUAGACGAGGAUCAAGAAAGCGAAGAAAAUUUUCAACGAUCAAUAGAUUUAGCACCAGAAAUAGGCGAAGAAGACAUUUAGGGAGCCGUCAAUUAUUUCACUACAAAUUUUGGUUAAGGAAUAGUUAUCCUAUAGUAUUUACAGCUAAUGAGAAAAACUACCUGGUCGUAAUUUAAACCAAUAUUUGUACAUGGCAGUAACUAGUCACGUUUCUCAUUGCUUUAUCCAUCAUCACUGAUUUAUUUUCAAGUUUUAUCCAUCAUCACUGAUUAAAUUUUCCAUCUAGAUGGUUCAAAAAUGCCACUCCUUAAAUCACAUUUGUUUAAAAGAUAAAAAUCAUACAUUACUGAUUUGAAACCAGUCCUAUCCUUGAGUUGCUUUUUCCAGUACCUUGGCAGCAUCUUUUAAUUUCCCUACCAAGUCCUUAAAAGACAAUUAAGUACUAUAUUAGAAAAGUACUCAUGGACAGUUAAGCAAAUUUCGUACAUCCAUGUAAAUGACUAAUACGUAGGUAGUAAGUUACUGCAUUCUAUAAAAACUUAUCGUUUAAAGACGAGAUCUUUUUCUGGUGGUUCUCAUGGAAUAUUGCCUUAAUUUAUGCGAUUUUGCAAGAAAUUUUCAUUGAAGCUUGUCAAUAAUUCGCAAAACCGCAAAUAUAAGCUCCAUAGCUUCAAUUUGGAAAAUACAAACAAUUUUUAAUGCCAAAAAUAAAAGCACAGGUUGAUACGCUGAUAAAACCUAAUUCUAUUUAUGUUCUGCCACACAUAAAAGAUAUCGACACAUCUCAAAUUGUUAAGGAAAUGCCCAAUUUUGGUUAUAUAUGGCUGAGUUAACAGACCAUUGUGUCAUGCCCGUGACGUUAGGGUUGGUAUCAGGUUUUGUUUAGAUUUUCUCAUAGUUCUGUCACACAACAUGUUGGAAACAAACAGUUGACGGAGGUUCUCUGUCUUACGCACAGAUCUGAUGUUUUGCAUUAAAUUAUUCUGAGUUGUAGCGGAAAGUCGUCGGCUUUUAUCUAAUCGCCAGGAUUUGGUACCGUUUGUCAUUAGUCAGUUCUCUUCUUUGAAAGAGCAGGGCAUUUUAGGUAUCAAUUUAAUUCUAUGAAAAAGAUAUUUGCUGUUUCGAAUGCACAUGCUUGGAGUUUCUUCUUAGAAGUGGUAAAACGAUUUUAGGAAUAAAUUGCGAAAGAGGAAAAAAAUUUGAGUGCAAAGUGAAGAAGGAAAUGGCCAGUAUGAAAAUCAUUCUUUCUAAUGAAAGUGCUCUAAAACGAGGGGAAAUAAAAAGUGUAGAUCAAAUGUGUUUUCUUUUAUAAUUGUGUUUGCAGAUGUGAUUUUGAUAAUAUAGAGAAAUAUUAAAAAUGUAGAUGCGAUUUAGGUAAUUUUGAUGUGAAACUGCAAAUGCAGAUGCGAUCAUGUUGCAAUAUUGGUAAAAUUAAUAAUGUAGAAUUAAUAUUGAAAAUGCAGAUCCCUUUUUGAAAAUGCAGAUGUAGCAUUGGAAAUGCAAAAUGCGGUAUUGAUGAUAAAGAAGUGAUUUAGAUGAUGGAGAUUUGCUUUUAAAAAUGCAGUUACGAUAUCGAUAAUAUAGGUAUGAUGUGGCUAAAAAAUAAGCAUAAUUGAUAAUGGAGUUGGGAUAUUGAUAAUGCAGAUAAGAUUUUUGAAAUGCAGAUUCAAUAUCGAUAAUAUAAAUAUGAUAUUGCUAAAAAAUAAGCAAAAUUGAUGAUGGAGUUGGGAUAUUGAUAUUGUAGAUGUGUAUUGAAAAUGCAGUUGCGAUAUUGAUAAUAUAGGUACGAAAUUCCCAAAAAAAUAAGCAAAAUUGAUGAUGGAGUUGGGAUAUUGAUAAAGCAGAUGUGCUUUUGAAAAUGCAGAUGAAAUAUUGAUUAUUUUGUGGUGUGAUAUUGCCAAAAAGCAAAAUUGAUAAUAGAGUUUGACAUUGCCAAAAAAUAAGCAGAAUUGAUAAUGGAUAAGCGAAGUUAUCCGGCAUCAUGAAAACGGGCUAUCCGGAUAAGUUUUGUUACUGAAGCUAAAAUUUAAGCACAAAGCUUCGCUUUUCACAAAAAGUAGCCCAUUUCGCCUGUAGCAUGUUAUUAUCUGUUGUUGAUGAAAGCCCUGCAAGGUUCCAGAUCAAUUCUUAAAAUGGCAUCUAGAACAAAAAGUGUUGGUAAAUUUCGGCAAAGUUCUGACAGAACAUGCACUUGGUGGCAAAAUUCUAUCAAUGAUAAUUCAGUACCAGAAGAAUGGAUUGAAAAUUUGCGAAUGUGCAAGUAGAGUUUGAACUGACGCCGUUCGUUAAGAAAAAUCUGGUUUAUCUGUACUCGUGUGAACAGGAUGUCUAUCCAUAGUCUAUCCGUAUCAAAACUUGUAGAUCAUCGUGUAAAUGCGAUCUAUCUGUUUAACUUUUUAUCCGGAUCAAAAGUUAUCCGGCAUCGUGUAAACGCAGGCGGCAUUAGUCGAACUGUCUUUCAUAUUUGAUUUUCCUAGAGAUCAGUUGGCUAGUUCUAGUGUCAAAACUUACAAUACAAUAUUUAAAAAAAUAUAGGUAACUUUAUGUCGUAAGGUAAAACAAAAACAAAUAAGGGACUUGAUGACAGGUAAUGCAGAAACGUUAUGCGAGUAUUGCAUGAAAACAGAAGACAAACUUACCUGAAGCUCGUCCACUGAACAUGAAAUGUUUACUACAUCGACACUAGUCACGUCAUUGUCCUACAAUGACAGUUCAUUGUUAAGGCCAACUCAUUCAAAAAAUAUAUUUGUGUUCUAUGUAUGGCGGAAAUUCUUGAAUAAAAACGGGGACGAGUAAAUAGAUUGUAUAACCAUGAACAUUACGAUAAGACGUUCAGGAGUUAUGCUCGAAACCAUUUAUCUUAACAUUCAUGACUAUAAAUUCUAUUUAUCGACAACGGUUAGUCAAACACUGCUUAAAAUUUAUCGCUUUCAAUGUAUAAAUUAGCAAUAACAUGAUGUAACUGCCAAACAACUUAGAGGCUACAAUGUUAACAAGGCCAUACAGGAAAUUCUUACAAAUGACGUCAAUAUCUUACGGUUAUGGGCUAUUAAUCAUAUGAAGAGUAGAAAAACGAAAACCUUAAAGGAACAAGUGGAAGUUACGAAGAGAAACAAACUUAUCAUUCUCACAAUAUUCAAACUCUAAUAGUUAUCAAAUUCAAAAUUCAAGUGGCUGUAUAAAGAAACGUUUGGCGGUCAUACUUGUGUCUUCAGCGAUAAUAAAUACUGUGGCUCGUUGAUUUUCUCCAUUUGGUUGCUCUGGAAAAAAUUAACAAUCCUGUAAUGAGCAGUGUUAAUAGGUUACCAUGAUUCCAAUGCUAAUGUAUCGUUUUCAUAUCCUAUCGUUUUUAAGACAGGUCCAAAAAAGCGAAAUAUUUUUCCUGAGUUGCUGUGGUGAAAGGCACUGAAGUGGGACAAGUACCUAGUUUAUUAGCAUGUUUAGCCUAAUUAUGACCAUACAUUUUCCAACCCUCAGCAUCCCGGCGUCUCCGGUUUAAAAGUUAAGAAUGUUCAACGUUCGGGUAUUUCAAUGCAUUUGAUUGGCACAUUCUCAAACACACAUUUUUCGUUUCAUCAGUAUUAGCGAUUAAAGCAUGUUCAUGUCUUGAAAUGUGUUUCCGGUAAAAGAGUACGAAAAAUUUCUUUGAAAAAUGUAGGUCGAAGAGGGGCAGUGAUAUGUAUGCAGGACAAAAAAUUUACUGGUUAAAGAGAAUCGAUGAAUAUAUAAAUAGUAAAAUAAAAUUUAUAAAUAGGCAGUGAAACAUAAUAAAACUGUUCUUAAUCAAAAAUCGCGUACAACAAUGUGUUCAGAGACAGCGCGAAUCGAAUCGAAUGCGAAUUGAAUGGAAUCUCAAAUAAUUUCAGAAUCCAGGAUUCAUGAUGAUUAGUUUUCUAUAAUGUUAAUACCAAUUAUACAAAAGAAUAAAAACCGGUACCUUAAUGAAAUAGUCUAACCUCCAAUCGAUAUCUAUUAUGUGUGGAUACGAGGUGCCAAUCCUAAAACAUUGAAAACAAGACUGUCAAUUGUAAUGAAAUUGUUAUGACUUCAGCGUGCAAAAUAUUUAUAUUAGAACAGCAUUUGGUUUAAAUAUCUGAAACAAGACCUAUAAAAUAGCGCUAGCAAGUUCUGCGACCAGCCCUUGCACCUGUGCUACAGUUGUCCUGGGAAAGGGUGCAGUGGUGUGUAGCAACCAAAGGCUUCGUACCUCCAGCACAAGUUCAAGAAGAAUUCCAGAUUGAAGCUCAUCAAAGGACGAUCAACUUCGGUUGGUUCACAAGAAAUGAGGACGUGAUAAAAUUGCCGCAAUGAUUCAUUGCAAUUGUUGGAAGAAGUUUGCUUUUACAUGCAAGGAUUAAUAAUGGGAGCAUUUUGUGGAAACAAAGAUGAAAGUAUUUGAAAAUGAUGCAGUUGCUGUUGUGGGACUUUUCAAUACAAGCUGAAAAGAGAAUAGAGCAUAACAAGUCAGAUAUUGUAACCCUAGAUAAGAAACAGAGAGUGUGCCUUGUAAUUGAUGUUGCAUGCCCGUUUGACACCUAGAAUCAAGAAAAAAGAACAAGGAAAGCUAGAAUACCACAAUGACCUGAAAUGUGAAAUUCUGGAAUUUUGGAGAAAAGAAGUUGGCAAAGUCAAGAUCCUACCAAUCAUCAUAUGGGGCUUUCGGAACUGUGACAAGUAAUAUGGGAAAAACCUUGACAAGCUAGACCUUCACCUGGGAGUAAAUGCUCGACAGAAAGCAAGUCUUCUUGAGACAGCGCGAAUUAUCUGGAAAGUCCUCGAUUUCAACAAAUGAAUA